AUGGAAUCAGAUUUGGAUUCAACUGUUGAAAAAAAUCUUAAUUUAAAAACUGGUGUUACUGAAGAGUUUUCUGAUUUAAAUAUUGAUAAAUAUAAUGAAAUAUGUGAUGUAAAUGAAAAUCAAAAUUUACAAGAAGUGGCAUUAUUUACGAAAAAACUACAUACAAAUCGAAUAAUUCAUAGUGUAUUACCUAUAGAAUAUCCUGCAACAUCUAAAGAUGACAUUGCAACAAUUUUUAAUAUUAGUAGUUGGGAUAAUUACAUUGAUGCAUUUAAUAAU